AUGAACGGCUUUCGUGUGCUGAACUUUGCGCUGUUUGCGUUCUGCUUUCUCUGCACAAUCGAACAGUUAGAGAGUACCUGUGUUUUUGAUUCCGAUUUCGGUCUCAUCCUGAACUGUGCCUUCAAAAAGUCCGGCCUCUUUCGGGUGCGAAACUUGGGCGGCGUCAAGGCUCACUUCGGGUUAGGCUUCAGCGUCGGAGAUGAGCUGGGGCUGGCUGAGUCACUCGGCAACGUCGAGGCCAACAAACGGCGUGCCCUCAACAUCCGCACCAGUGCCAACAACAUCGGUGUCCUGCCAGCGUCCAAAAUGCCGCUAAUUUAUUCACCGACGAUCCAGCAGAGCCGUCCUCAGGCGGUGACGGUUCGUGCCUCGCCUCCCCGAGGCCGCGUGCCUCCAUCGCCCGCCUCACCCGUGUACGUGUCGCCCGCUGCCAGCCAGAUGACGAACGCCACCUUCCGCCCACUCGGCGUACCCCCCUUCAAACCCAUCCCCAAGCCCGAACCCGAACCGGUGAGAUUCGACGCCGCGAUCCUGCGCCGCAACUUCGCCCUCAAAACUGCCCAAACUCCCGAUCCCUCCUUCCAGAGUCAGCUCAUGAACCAGACCUCCUCCUUCCACCGGGGCCAAUCCUCCUCCCGGCUUCCUCUCCCCUCGCCCUCCUCGCCCUCCGCUUCCUACGCCGGUGUCGGAGGGGCGGCCGCCCCGAACCAGCACAUCAUCUACAAGGAGGCACCGAACCUGCAGGUCCAGCAGGUGCCCGCCUUCCAGGCCAUGCCCGAGUCGGUGUCCCGCAUCUCGACCGGUCCGGUCGUGCAGAUCGACAACAAGCUCCAGCCGACGGUCAUCAAGAACUCCAUCAUGAGCAUUCCGCCGCGUCGCAACUCGCUGCCGAAGGCGUCGCCGACGAUUGUGACCGCCCAGUCGGUGUCGACGGCUGCGGCCGACGGUGAAGAGAUCGACCUGAUGGGGCACACCGUGGAAGAGCUGGCGGCGGCCGCCAACGUGAGCGUCGAGGUGAUCAAGGAGGCGAUUCGCGUCCGCCAGCAGGAACUGCGCGCCCAGAAGCAGUACGAGCGGCAGCAGGCAGCCUUCGCUCAGGCGCAACUCCUAGCCCAGCAGCAGCAGACGACGACGACAACCACGACCACCACCACACCCCGCCCCCGGCGCUAUCCAACGAACGCCGGCCACAAGGUUAUGAACGCACCGAAGGAAUACUACCCGGUCGGGUACGACAAGAACUUCGACGACAACUUCACCUCGAAGGUGGACCUCCCGUACACGACGUUCAACUGCGGCGAGCAGAAGCACUUCCCGGGGCUGUACGGCGACGAGGACCUUGGUUGUAUGGUCUUCCACGUGUGCGCCCUGACGGACGACGGGCUGAUCAUGAAGUCGUUCCUCUGCCCAGAGAGCACGCUGUUCGACCAGACGGUGCUGAAGUGCAACUGGUGGUUCUACGUCGACUGCAAGAGCAGCAAGAACCUGUACGACUCGAACCUGCCGGUCUCGAAGAGCUACCAGCUGAUGAAGGCGCUGUCCUUCUUCUCGUCCAACUACAAAACCGGCGCCGGCGAGUCGGCCGAAGGCGUCGACGUGGAAGCGUUGAAGAACAGCGUCGCGACAGCCGUGGCCGUCGGUGGAUCGGCCCGUUCCCUCGACACCAACGCCAUCGCCGACUCCACCGGCGACCGGUUCAGUCUCGAUCUGGGCACGGACACCGCUGCCGCCGACAACAGGGCGCGCACCAACCAAAGCAGCCAAAGCAGCAGUAGCACAAACGCCACCCCAACGCAGGCCCCCAGCAAGGACAGUACAGCUUCAACGUAAACGGACCCGGGGGAGGUGUAGCGUAAUUAAGAAACAUGGUUGUGUAUCUGUUCCCCGCAGCAGUGCGUUGCGUUUGUGGAUGCGUUGACGAACCGCGAAUGUCCCCCGGGAAAUGGUGCUCCUCCACCGGGGGUGGUUGGCCGGGUGGUUGCAAGUCCGGCGGACGAUACACACGCUGGCGUGCGUUUCACUGUCUUCUUUUGAUCACAGUCCAGCAGAGCGUAUGGCAGAAUCGGCAGAACACAACAUGCAAAUGCUCUUGAGAUUUGUUUUCCGGUCCUUGUGUUUUUUAACGCAAAUUGUCCAUUGGGAUGAAAUUAUGCAGUGAACGUUGUAAAUCGUUUCUAACUGGAGCGUUAGAAUCUAACUUGAAGGGUUAUUACGAGUUAAGGUAGUAAGAGCAAACAAUCAAUGUCACUUUAGAAUCCAUCGAACACACAUCCCCGUGCGAAAGUUCUAGCAAGGGAUCGUUUCAAGCGCAGGAUAGAUUAGCAAGCAUAGAGGACGGGUUUUCGAGAGAUAAAUGUGUAGUGCGUAGGUUAAGUAUUUAUUUAAAAACCCUCACCCCCUCCGAACGGUAUCCCUUUCCAAUUGCCAUCACGUGCGAAAAAGGAUACGGUGUUCGGUGUUCGAUAAAAGACUUUGUUUUUUUACUAGAAUAUUAAGUAACAAAAAAAGCAACGGUUGCAAGUUAUGCUUUUAUCGUUAGAGAUGAUUUUAUUGUCGUGCGGGGUUGCGACUUACUAGCAAAAUAACCUAUUAAUUGGAAUAAGGUUGUAGAUCGUAGUGAAACAGUGACCAUGUUCUCGGGUAUUUGACAAACCAUCAAAGAGCUGAAGGCAGAAAACAAACAACGUGUUUGCUCGGUCGCAUCAUCCAAACCAGUUGUUUCUGCGGCUCUAGUGGUUGAUAUUUAUUUUAUUAGCGGUAUCAGGUGCAUCACUCUUACUGUAGGUUGGAUAGGAAAUAGUGCAGGAUAUAGCAUUAACCCCCAUACAGAGUCCCCCCGCGACGAAACAUUUACCGAAGCAGGAAAGUAAUAGCCAAAUGUUUGAACAUAAACCCAGCCAAAACCAUCUGCGUCCCCUUGGUGGGAGGUUGGGCGAGGCGGGACUGCUCCGUAUGCUACCGACAAAAAAACACACCUUAAAGUUGCUCACGUAGAAUGUAGUGCAUAGAGAAAACGAUCCAAUCGAGAAUAAGCUUUCAGCUUUGUUCGAUUUUGUUCAUUUUUUUUUUAAACAUGGAUACGGUUGUUUCCCUUUCGCCCUUCGCCGUAAUGGUAGUGCAUGAACUACGAAUAAUAUAAAAAAAAACAAGGAUUAACUAAGGAUUAACUGAGAUGUUUGAAAGAUAGGUUAAGGAUGGCCGCCGAUGGCAGUUUGUAACUCAUCAAGUUGAUUCUUACUGAUAAAAUGACCACUU